GUUAACAGUGAGUAAAUGUUUUUCUAAAUAAUUGCAUUAUGAUUAACGAACACUCUUCUGAGGUAAACGCACAGGUGUUAGACGAUAAUGUAAACCAGGCAAAACAUGUUGAUGCUGCCAAUGAAUUGAGCGGCAAUAGAAAGGAUACCAAGAGUGACGUAGUUGAAACACCGGAACAAAUUGUCGAAGUUUUAGGAGGAUGUGGUCGCUUUCAGAUCCGGGUAUCAGUGCUGGUUCACUUGAUCAAGACGUUCAUGUGCUUCAGUCAGAUAAGCAUGAUCCUCAUCUCGUCCACACCGCCCUGGGCAUGCGCCGAUUCUCAGACAGAUGCGCCUUCAAACGCUACCAGCUGUUCAGAUGACGAAGAACGUAAUUCCACCUACUGCCCAUCAAGAAAUUGUCUCACGUAUAAUGGAACACGUUGCAAUCAGUUCUAUUUCGAAGGACGAUCAAGAACACUCGUUACAGAGUACCACCUGAUGUGUAAUGGCCAAGACUUCAUUCCAAGUACUAUUAUGACUAUACAGGUAUUUGGAACUUUGAUCGCAAACCCGAUCGCUGGCCAGAUAUCUGAUAUCGUGGGACGGAAGCCUCCCUUCUUUUUGUCCAUCGUUAUUUGCAUAUUUGGCAACUUACUCGGUUUCUUCUCAACACGCUGGAUCAUGUUCGCUGCUGCAAGAUUCCUGAUUGGAGUCGGGUGUGGAUUCUUCUUCAGUACCCAGUUUUGUCUCCUCUGUGAGUUCUCCCUGGCAGAAUGGCGGGCUUGGAUUAUUGGAUUCCCCUCGUGGCCGGUUCAAGCUAGUCUGUUUGCGCUGGUCGCCUGGUUGAUCCAGGAUUGGCGAUAUAUACAGCUGUUCACCUGUCUCUUUGGACUGCCCUUCCUGUUGACGUUCUUCUUCAUUCCGGAGAGUUUCCGUUGGUACCUUUCACACGACAAAACAGAGAAAGCAGCACAUGUGAUUUCAAAAAUAGCUAAACAGAACAAAAAAGAAGUUCCAAAGCUUGAUCACUUGUCUAAGGACACCGAAGCUGACAGGAAAUACACCGUCCUGGACCUCUUCAAAUCGUAUGAACUGACCAAGAGAACGCUGCUUCUCUCUACUAACUGGUGUGCCAACGGUCUAGCCUACUAUGGGAUCAGCUUCGGUAUCCAGUCUCUUUCCGGCAACAUCUACCUGAACAUGUUUCUCUUCAAUAUUGUCGGUGUUCCUGCUAAAACAGCGUCCAUGGUCAUGACAAACUAUUUUGGGAGACGGAGCACGUCUGCUAUAUGUUACACUAUUGUUCUGGCUGGCUGUCUAGUUGUUGGGGUAGUCCAACUAACAGUUGCGAAACACUGGUUGGAAAUUCCAAAUUCAGCUACAGUAGUAAAUACCGCCGCAAUAAUAUCAAGUAUGGCCAUAGUAACGGCUUAUGGGCCAGUCCAAACGCACACCAUCGAAUUGUUUCCAACUGUUAUCAGAAAUACUGCCUUUGGAUGCCUCAGUGUUGUCCUGAGGGUUGGGGCAAUGCUUGGACCGCAGUUUGUUUACCUGAACAAGUACGUACCAGGACUGCUAUACUUCGUGUGUGCUGGUGUCGCAUUGAUAUGUAACAUUGCCUUGGUGUUUCUGCCUGAGACGAAGGGUGGUGCACUUACAGACAAAAUGGGUGCGAAACAAAGCCGGGCAAAUCCUUAAGCAAAAAUAGCGAUAUUCCUUAUUCUUUGUAAUGUUAGCCUGAGAAAAACGUUUUUAAUACACAUUGAAAAUAGCCAGUUAUAUAUAUCGUUGGUUAAAUGCGAGAAUAGGGUGUUAGCGGGGCUGGCCGAUUUCAAAUGUUGAUUUUUACUUGUGGCCAAACUCAUCAAUAUCAAUACAUGAUUUUAUGUUGCUUAACAGCUAUUUCUUGUGCAUAAACAUUCAAGUACGAUUUAACUAGAAGUGGGGCCUUACACGAGAAGGUACCAAAACAAAUAGAAGGUUUUGGUAGUUCUGGCAUUAACGCCACGAUUAUAAGAUUCUAACAACAGAAGUACCAAUCACUAUGG